AUAAAGGGAUUACUGUCCUCCUCCCACUUUCAAACAAGCCCAAGAACAAGGAUCUUAUCAUCUUUACAUCAUCUACUCCUUCAAUCAUGUUUCUCAAACUUUUCAUCUCAUCUCUAUUGAUUUUGGCCUUUGCUCUCCAAUCUGAGGCUGAACCCAGGGUUCAAUCCCAUACCCACUCAGUGCUUGAUACUAAUGGCAAUGAGCUCCAAGCUGGCCAUCCCUACUACAUUGUCUCAGCCUAUCGAGAGGGCCGUGGAGGUGGUGUCUCCUUCGACCGUGGCCAGAGCUCUCGCACAGCCAUGGUUAAGCAACUUUCUUCAGACAAGAACUUUGGUGCACCAGUUAUCUUGUUCCCAGUAUCAAAGUCACAAGAGAAGGUGGAUCGAGAGAGGGUACUGAGAGAGACCUCUAGAAAUCCAUCCCCAGCUCGAGAGAGAAUUAUCCGGGAAUCAACAGAUUUGAACAUUAGAUUCUCUGAUAUGCCUGUUGUUUGGCAGGUCGAAGAUUCGAGGCAAUCACCCUCAUCUCCAAGCCAGAAUAGGCAUGUAAUUCUUGAAGGUCAACCAGGUCACCCUGGCCCCUCAACUGUGAGGAAUUGGUUUAGGAUUGAACGCAUGAGCAAAUCUAGCCCUGAGUACCGGGUAGCUUAUUGCCCCAGCGUGUGCGACUCAUGCCAGGUUGAAUGCGGAAACAUCGGUGUAACAAUGGAGAGUGGGAAUAGAUGGCUUUCUGUGUCUCAGCAUAGGGAGUUUCCCUUUGUGUUUGUGAAGGCCAACCGUAGGUGGUAAAUUGAAGAACUACAUGGGAGGGGAAAUAAUGAAAAUAAGGGGCAAAAUGUCCAACUUGCACUGGGGGGUUUUUGUAACCUUAAAAGUGCUAUGCUUCUCAAUUUUGUAGGCAGAGCACAAGAAUCCCUUGUGUUUUAGUUUUCUUCUUUGAUAUGCCUUCUAAGUAUGCUUUGUCUAUUCUCUGAGUUGUGUAACUUCUUUGAAUAUGCCUUUUAAGAAUUUCUUUCUCUUC